CUGUGGUGUGGAAAGUCCAGACAGAUGAGUGAGGAGGAUUGUCAGAGUAAUCCUCAGUCAGGGCUUUUAUUGCUCCUCCUCUUAUCAGGGGCUGAUUAAUAUAGGAGGGGAUCACCUCUCUCCUCUACUAUCUGUGGCAGCUCAGCACAUACAGCACUCAGGAGGCCAGUGUGUGUGUGUGUGUGUGUGUGGCCUGGGGCUCAGCUACAUCCGCACUGUGACAUGACAGUCCCUGGGCUGCCACCACACUAGCACUGCUCUGCCAAUGGGGAACCUCCUGAAUGGGGUCAGCUUCAAGGAACCCACCACUGUGGAGGACUGUGACUCCACCUGGGAGACGGACUCCGGGGGGGACGAGGAGCAGGGGGACGAGGAUGAGGAAGCGGACAAGGAUGGCUUUGAGGACAGCGGAGCCGAAGAGCUGGGAUCAGAGGUUAUGGACAGCAGCCAGGUAACAGCAUGCGUAUAUAGUAUACAUGUACUUUCAUACAUAUGUGCGUACGCUGCCUGUGUAUAUACAGUACAAAAGCCUGAGCUUUCUAUCAUGGAGUUAUUCUGUAUUUUUCAGAAUGACAGCAAUGCAUUGGAACAGAACAUCAAACCAAAGAGAAGCUUUUAUGCAGCAAGAGAUUUGUACAAGUAUCGACACCAAUACCCACAGAAUUUCAAAGAUCUACGUUGUCAAAAUGACUUGUGCAAUCUCAGAUUUUACAUGAACAAGAUCCCUUUUAAGCCUGAUGGAGUAUAUAUUGAAGACAUUCUAAACAAAUGGAAAUCAGACUAUGAUAAAUUGGAACAUAAUCAUACUUAUAUACAAUGGCUCUUUCCUCUAAGAGAGCAAGGUUUAAAUUUCUACGCCAAGGAACUGACCUCAUAUGAAAUUGAGGAAUUUAAAAAAACAAAAGAAGCAACCAAAAGAUUAAUUAUGGCAUACAAGAUAAUGCUGGAUUUUUUUGGGUUAAAGUUGGUAGACAAGAAUGGAAAUGUUUCCAGAGCUGCAAACUGGCAAGACCGAUUUCAUCACUUAAAUGAAUCUCAGCACAACUACUUGAGAAUCACCAGAAUAUUGAAAAGUCUUGGAGAACUUGGAUAUGAACAUUUCAAGCCUCCCUUAGUAAAAGUUUUUCUACAGGAAUCCAUUGUCGAAAACACAAUCCCAAAUAUGAAACAAAGUGCUCUGGAGUAUUUUGUUUAUACCAUAAAGGUAAGGCGAGAGAGAAGACGACUUUUACGGUACGCCUGUCUUUGGUACCAACCUCCUGAGCACUUUAUCUGGGGACCCCCAACAAAACAGAAAGUUCAGCGAUGCAAAUCGGUUAAAAGGACCACAGCUUCAAAUAGAGUACUGAAAAAACAUUCACAAAAAUCUAAGGAUGCUAAGACUGAGCAAGAACCUGAAGAAGCAAGAAUUGAUUCCUUUGAGGAAAAGUUACCAGGAAAUGCUCAAGUAGAAGAGACCAAACAGGAAACUGCACAAGUUUAUCCCUCAGAGGAAUCAGUGGAGGACUUUAAGGACAUAAUGACAACAGAGACUGACAGUGCCAAGAUAGAAAAGUCUAAACUGAACGAUUUGCCCACACACAUAGGUGACACAACAAGUUCUUCUCUUAAAGUAGAAUUGAUGGAACAAAAUACAGAAGAUCUCUACAAUGAAAGCAAUACAGACAGCAUUUUAAUAGUUGACACAAUUGAUGAACAUAGUAAAGAUUGCUUGUGCAGCUUGUCACCUGGCACUACUGCAAAUGCUGAGAAUAUCACACCAUCAGAAAAUAAACUUGAAAAGGAAAACAAAGCCAAAUGCGAGAAAUCCAAUAUCUAGGAAUUGUAUAAUUAUUAUAUGAAAUAUUAUGGGAAGAAAACUAUACAAAAUGUAGCACUGAAGUGUGAAUAGGUUUUUAUAUAUUUUCUAACUUUAGAUGAUAGAAACUAGCCAUUUAUGAGUCACUUUAUUAUCAGAAAGGAAAGUGCACCUGAAGGUCACCUUGUUUCCUGUGAUUUUUUUUAUUUUUUUUGUGGUUAUACAAUUCAAUAUGUACAUUUUAUAUACGGUAUGUCAGUCUGCACAAAAGUGGUAAAUAUCAGAGAAUGGGAGAAGCAUUAGGUAUGCAGCAUUGCCAGACAGUCAGAACUGAGGAUUAGUGGUAGGUGUGAAACCAUGAACUAGUUAUCUAAUAAUUUUGUAACUGUAGUCACAAAUGGCAGUUCACAGAAAACCUAUUUAUAUCAGAUUUAAAACCUUAUUUCUAUUUCCGCUAACAUUCAUAUGGAUAUUUAUAGAAAUGCUUGUUAACAGAGAGAGAUAUCCAACUGAUAGGGUUACCCCAAUGAAAAUUACACAAUAUCCCAAGGCUGCUGUAAAGAAAAGUCCGGAAAAAUGUUCCCAACACACAAAUUCCUAUAAAUAGCUGCAAGGUAAGUGGGUGCUGCAGCGCCUACUGAUUGGGAACCGGAAAACAGCAGUUUAGAAGAUAAGUCACCAGCACAUCAAGGAUCUUCAAAAUAACAUCCAAGCUGGUUCAUUACAAAUAUGCUUUAAAGAAAAGGUGCACAUUCAAAUUGUACCUGUGCCUAGAGAUCCAGACUAUGCACAUUCUUUACAUACUCACAAUCACAGGCAUUAAAUCAAUUUAAACAAGCCCCUAGUUAUCUCUGUAGCUAUAGAAAUUGUGGAGAAAUGCAUCUUCAAACGUCACAACAGAGGCACAGUAAUUGCAAUUGCUUUCCCCUCAAUUACAGAUCAUUAACCUUUUCUGGACCGCCCACCGUGGUUAUAUGUCGGUACAUUGCCUUUAAAUACCAGGAUUAUGGCAGCAGAUAGCCCCAGUAAUUUUUUAAAUGGUGGGUGGUCUGCUUACGCAUAAAAGUGGUCUCAGUUUCAGAUUUGCUGCGAUAUCACUUAAAUGGGUGGUGGGAGAGGUGCCCCCCCCCUCGCCGCGUCCCGGUGGUCUCCACCGCUUACCGUUGGAGCGUUGAAAUUGUCAGAAACGAUGUGAUGGAUGGAUGGGCAGGAAUUCGAGUGAGGACAAGAUGACCCCCACUUGAAUCUAUGCCCUUGGAGGACCGGAGCAACGUCAAACGUCACUUCUGCCCUCCGGCCUUAAAGGGA